AUGGUUAAAUUGCCAGAUGACAUGGAAUUCAAGAUUGCAGCACCUCUAAUGUGCGCUGGUAUCAGCAUCUAUGGAGGUAUCGUGCGAGCGGGUGUGCCCAUAGGGGGCUCCAUUGGAAUCGUCGGGAUCGGCGGACUGGGGCAUAUUGGAACCCAAAUUGCGAAGUGUAUGGGCUACACAGUCGCAGCAAUUGACAUCAAGCAAUCAGCACUCGACGCAGUCACAUCUUACAAGCACGCCCCAGACGCUCUAAUUCUAGCUUCCGACCCAAUUGAAAAAUCACUUGAGAAGAUUGACAAGGUAGUGCAAUCCAACUACCGCGGACUUGAUGCAACCAUUCUCGCGACGGACCAACAACCAGCUUUCGACCUCGCCGCAGCUCUCACUAGAAAACACGGGACGAUGGUGUUGCUAGGUCAGCCGCAGGAGGGGAUCAGGCUCUCGUUCCACACUGUAAUUUUCAAGGACAUCAAGCUUUUUGGGUCUCUGAUUGGCGAUAUGGCCACUGCCCAGGAACUUAUUAAUUUGUUCCAUGAGAACAAGCUUCACGUUGAUGUCAAGGAGUGGAAGAUGGAGCAGGCGGAGGAGAUGAGGCAGGAGUAUCUUUCUGGGAUCGGGACCGGAAAGAAUGUUAUCGUAAUAGAUUAG